AUGAAUGAUGUUCAGGAGGCCACCUCCCCUGCGACCAGCCUCAGCGGUCCGGCUACCUGUGUCUCCAAAGUAGAGCUGCGUGUGUCCUGCAAAGCUCUGCUGGAUCGAGACACACUGAAUAAGUCAGACCCUUGUGUUAUCCUCAUGAUACAGACCAACGGACAGUGGACAGAGCUGGACAGGACAGAGGUGAUCAAGAGCAACUUGCACCCAGUCUUUGCCAAGGUUUUUUCUUUGGACUACUACUUUGAGGAGGUUCAGAAGCUGCGAUUUGAAGUCUACGACAUCCAUGGCACUCACAGUAUCGGGACCCGUGAUGAUGACUUCCUGGGUGGUGUGGAGUGUACUCUUGGUCAGAUUGUGGCCCAAAAGAAAAUGGUGAAGCCUUUGUUGCUGAAGUAUGGAAAAUAUGCCGGCAAAUCCACCAUCACGGUGCAUGCGGAGGAAAUUUCUGGCAACAACGGAUAUGUGGAGCUCUCCUUCUGUGCCAAGAAGCUUGAUGAUAAGGAUCUCUUCAGCAAGUCAGACCCAUUUUUGGAAAUAUACCGAAUGAAUGACGAUGAAACCGAACAGCUUGUCCACAGAACUGAGGUGAUAAAAAACAACCUGAACCCUGUGUGGGAGCCUUUUAAAGUGUCUCUCAUAUCACUGUGCAGCUGUGAUGAGGACCGGAAGCUCAAGUGCCUAGUGUGGGAUUAUGACUCCAGGGGGAAGCAUGACUUCAUCGGCGAGUUCUACGCUACUUUCAGGGAAAUGCAGAAAAUUUCCAGUGGAAAUAAGGUGACAUGGGAUUGUGUGAAUCCUAAGUACAAACAGAAGAAGAGAAACUAUAAAAAUUCAGGAGUUGUCAUUCUAAAUGAUCUUAAGCUCCACAGAGUGUACUCCUUCUUAGAUUACAUCAUGGGAGGAUGCCAGAUUCACUUUACGGUUGCCAUUGACUUCACAGCCUCUAAUGGAGACCCCAGGAACAGCUGCUCAUUGCACUACAUCAACCCUUACCAGCCCAACGAGUACCUGAAGGCUCUGAUAGCAGUGGGGGAGAUCUGUCAAGACUAUGAUAGUGACAAAAGAUUUUCAGCUUUGGGGUUUGGUGCAAGAAUCCCUCCGAAUUAUGAGGUGUCACAUGACUAUGCGAUUAAUUUCAAUCCAGAGGAUGAUGAAUGUGAAGGGAUCCAAGGAGUGGUUGAGGCAUACCAGAACUGCCUUCCUAAGAUCCAGCUGUAUGGCCCAACCAAUGUUUCUCCCAUCAUUAACAGGCUAGCCAAGCAGGCAGCAGGUGACGGCAACAUUAAAGAUGCCUCUCGAUACCACAUUCUGCUCAUCCUGACGGAUGGUGUUGUGACAGACAUGGCGGACACACGUGAAGCCAUUGUGCGAGCCUCCUACCAGCCUCUGUCCAUUAUCAUUGUUGGCGUGGGCAAUGCUGACUUCACAGACAUGCAGAUUCUGGAUGGAGAUGAUGGAGUCCUACGCUCACCGAAGGGCGAGCCUGUCCUCAGGGACAUUGUGCAGUUCGUGCCCUUCAGAGACUUCAAAACGGCUUCACCAGCAGCCCUGGCCAAAUGUGUCCUGGCGGAGGUGCCCAAGCAAGUAGUGGAGUACUUCAGCCAUAAGGCCAUCUCCCCCAUGUCUCCAGCGAGGGGUGUAAACACACCCAUCCUCAGCCCAGUCGCCACCACCCCAACAGAAUAA